AUGGCUCCUGACAGCACAAAGUCACCACAUCAGGCAUCCAAGACCAAGAAAAAUAAACCUACCAAGGAAAGUGAGGAAUACAAGAAGCGUCGUGCACGAAACAACAUUGCCGUGAGAAAAAGUCGUACAAAGACGAAAAUGAGGACAUUAGACACUUUAAAAAAAGUGAAUGAAUUGAAGGCGGAAAAUGAACAAUUGGAAGUGAAGGUAAAACUUCUGUCGAAGGAAUUAAGUCUUCUCAAGGAUCUUUUCCUAGCACAUGCUGGGCAUAUGCCAGAUACUAGUGGUUCCAACUCAAACUGCACUGCCAUUGAUGGAGGGACUAGUUGUUGUGCAAUAACAAAUGACGCAGGGAAUGCCACUAUAAAAGCUGAAGCUUAG